CUUAUCACAAUAUCUCUUCUCAAAAGACAGCACUCUCUCCUCUGGACAAGGCCUGCAACAACAAUAAGGAAUAGAAAAACAAGAAGCAAUGGCAGCAAUAACUGGUGUUAACCUCUCGACUCCCAAACUGAUGGCAAAGAUGACAGAAUCACCAAAGGCUCUGCCUGUCAGGUCUCCAUGGCUGAACAAUCCAUGGAAAAGGCCCAGCCAAUUUAGAUCCGGACGCAUGUACAUGCAACCCCUGAGAGCUGCUCCAGACAGCAUCUCAGAAAAGGUGGAAGAAAGUAUCAAGAAUGCAGAGGAAGCUUGCCAGGGUGACCCCGCUAGCGGCGAGUGUGUGGCUGCAUGGGACGAGGUGGAAGAACUUAGUGCAGCAGCUAGCCAUGCCAGAGACAAGAAGAAAGACUCGGACCCUUUGGAAACUUACUGUAAGGACAACCCGGAGACCGUUGAGUGCCGCACUUACGAGGAUUGAAACACAUACAGUAUUAUGCCUUUUUAGUUUAUAAUUUGUCUUUGUUGGGUGUGUGGAAUCGGAGAUGGUGUGUGAUGGGAGCUGUGGUGUUCUGAUAUACAAUACAUCUUGAAAGAUGAAAUUACUUAUUAUUAGUGUUUGUGUUUAA